AAAAAACACGUCAUUGUCAAAACAUGUAUAACUGAAAUUUCGCCUUGUGCACAGUUAAAGUAAUAAAAUUAGUAUUUUAUUUAUCAGUAUGUUAAAAAGCGUAUUAUUUUUCUUAUUUACUAUAGAAUUAGCUUGUUCUGAUGUCCAGGAUAGUAAUGGGUACUUGGCAUACUGUCCUUGCAUGGGCAGGUUUGGUAAUCAAGCAGAUCAUUUCCUAGGCGCCCUUGCAUUCAGUAAAGCCCUUAACAGAACAUUGAUUUUACCUCCAUGGGUUGAAUACAGAUACGGAGAGCCAAGGUCUAGGCAAGUUCCUUUUGACACUUAUUUUAAACCUGAAACUUUAGCCCAGUAUCAUAAGGUGAUAACAAUGGAACAUUUCACGUCUCAAAUUGCACCAACUCUCUGGCCAAGCGAAAAAAGGGUUGCUUUCUGUUACACUCAACGGCAAGGAGAACAAGAUAAUAGUUGCAAUGCAAAAUCUGGGAACCCGUUUGGCCCAUUCUGGGAUACAUUUAAUAUAGACUUUGCAGCAUCUGAAUUCUAUGGGCCCUUGAAUUAUGAUUCCACCAAUGCUGCUAUGAUUGAAAAAUGGCAGCUGAAAUACCCAACUUCAAAAUGGCCAGUGUUAGCCUUCACAGGUGCCCCUGCCAGUUUUCCUGUGCAAAGUGAAAAUAGACCUUUGCAUAAGUACAUGCAAUGGAGUGAUGAUAUUGCAACAAGAUCAAGGCAGUUUAUAAAGAAAAACAUGAGUGGGGGUGGUUUUCUUGGUAUCCACCUCCGGAACGGCCAGGACUGGGCAAGGGCUUGUCAACAUGUGAAGGACAGCCCUCUAUUGUUUGCUGCUCCUCAGUGUGUGGGCUAUAAACAUGAAAGAGGGCCUCUGACAGAAUCCAUGUGCCUGCCAUCAAAGUCUGACAUAAUUAAACAAAUAAAGAGAGUACUAAAGAGAUUGAAUGACAUAAAGUAUGUCUUUGUGGCUUCAGAUUCCAAUCACAUGAUUGAUGAUUUAACAAAUGCCUUGCACAGAUUAGAUGUGUCUAUUGUAAACCUAAAGCCUCCAAAUCCUCACAUGGAUUUGGCAAUUCUUGGGAAAGCUAAUUAUUUCAUUGGGAACUGUGUCUCAUCCUUUACUGCAUUUGCUAAAAGAGAAAGGGAUGUUAUAGGAUUGGGCUCAGAAUUUUGGUCAUUCCCCCACCGCAAGAAACAAAAACAUGAAGAAUUAUAAAAUAAGUAGCUUAGCAUAUCUGAACAAUCAGCAGAGUGCAAGGCCAAUAUUCAGUCUAGUUUGUGAGUUACUGGCAUCCUGGAUAAAAAUACGUACCCCGACUUCUUACAUACAUGAUAUGAACUUGUUUGAGUACAACCUCAAUCUGCCAUGUUAACAAAGUUCUAGUAUUGCAUUACCUAGUCAAGGCUAACCACUACUCAAUAAAAUAAGGUUCACCCAGAACUGUAAGAAGCUAAAAGUAAUAGGAUAAGGAGGCAUAGACUGCAAACUGCAUACAUUCAUUGCUCACAAGUAUGAGAUAUGUGAAAAAUUUGCAUUUUUUGCUCUUGAUCUCCUUUGAAUAAAGGUGCAUCCAGAUCAAGUGAAUAUGCCACAAAUGAAGAAUGGGUUGAGAGUUGAGACAUGGAAAGGGCAACAGGUUGAAUGCACGCAAAUAGCAACUUCGCCAAGAUUCUCACACGUGGGCACGCGAACAGCAUAUUCCCUAGAUCUGAUUAGAUUGCCAUUAAUAAUUCUGUGUUUAUUAUAGACUUCUUGUUUGAUGAGGAGAAAAUAAAAACAAACCAAAAUA